AUGACCUUCGAAGACUAUGUCCAGAUCCUUGCCCGCCCUUGCAAACCAAAAGUAAAACCUACAGUUGACUCAGUUCUUUCUGAUACCCAGUUGAAAAGCAACUGUGCCCCAGCUGCCUCUGCCACCGAUGACGAAGAUGAUGGCAUGGGCGACAUUGGCAAUAAUGAUGACCACGACAAAAACCCUAACGAAGGCAAUGACCAGGCUGAUGAAGACAAGGAAAAGGAAGGCGAGGAUGAGGAAAACAAGGAUAGAGAAAAUCAGGACUCCGGAUGUGCAAAGACUUCACCAGACAACUUAGAAAGUGACAACAAUGCCAAGGAUACCAAUGAAGAACCUGACGAUGAUGAGAAUAACGAGGACCGAGGAUGCACAAAGACUUUGCCAGUCAGGAGACUUUGGGCCCGAAAGGUCAAGAUGGUCAACUACAAUUUCGAUGACAGUUCUCCGACCUUUUCGUCGGACAGCAGCUACACCUCUUCCCAUGCAAAACGAGAACACCCCGCAAGAUCUAAUCAAGUUUCUGCCCAUGAGUCAGAUGCAGACGAAGACCUCAACCACGACAGUCCAUCUUCACCGCCUGCUAAGCGCAGGAAGACAUCUUCAGCAGUCAAUACUACCUCAGCCAACACCACUCGCUCGACAACCAUUGGCAACAAGCAUUCAGUUGACGACCACACUCCUGCUGGCAUAGUUAUUGGCCCUACACCAGACAACGAGCCCACUGAGAAUGAAGAAGAACUCCCAGGCAAUCUAAAUCCCCGUUUCUAUUGUGUAAAUGGUACUAACUCGAGAGUCUCAGCUAUUGUCGACUGGAAAGAACGUCAACGCACACAUUAUCAUGUGAUGGGCAAGGAUAACGAACAGUGGGACACAAUUCGAAAAUAUAGCAUCACUGGCGGCAAUAUUGAUCAAUCGCGUGCCAAGACCAUCUUGUCAAUGAGGGAGGACAUCGCAAGAAAGUUGUCUACUUAUUCUCACCUUGAAGGAGUCGAGGCCAUUGGUUGUAUAUUUGACACCACACAAGAUGAGGCUGCUCAACAGGUGUCAGGCUUCGUUGCAGGCUCCGACCUCAUAGUCAAGUUAAUUAAUGAGCAUCAACUGGACACUCGUGCUAUUUUAGAUUGGGUCGUGAUGGCAACAAAGAGGAUAUGGCCAAUCAUGGUACUUGAGAAAACCUAUAGCGAAGUUUGGCUAUCGACGCAAAGCAGUCCAGUGUACAAGUUCAUGAUCAAGAACUGGCGUGAUGACAUUACCCCCAUUGGUCCUAAAUUCAACCCUCAUAACCUCAGUUCACAGCAUCUCAAGCUGCUUGUCAUCCCUUUCAUCAAGUGCAAAGCACAUUCCUAUUACAAGGCGGAACUCCAGACCGAAGCUGAGAACUUGUUUGAGAUAGAGAAAAAGAAGUCAAAGGGCAAGCGCAGAGGCCAGGAGCACACUGUGGAGGAUGUCAUGAGUGAAUUAGAUGUUGAUGCACCUGAGAUCGAGUUCGCAGCUUGGCCAGAUGAAUGUCUCAAGCAGCUCAGUGACGAGGUACCAGAGAUGUUUGACAUCCCCUUGGUGACUAGUACCUUGGAUGUUGUGCUGCGCAAGCUGGCUGACUCAGCGAAAUUCAAGGCAUCUAUCCCUGAGGAUAUGUUGGUGGUUCAUGAAGCACAUUCACAUGGUCCCAUUCCCUCGACUGCAGAAAUGCUGCCGGGUGGUCAUGAAUCUUCCUCCCCCACUUUGAGCUCCCCAGCCUUACCCUCGAAUCAACAUCACACUACAACAGCCAUGCCAGUGCGUCACCGAGAGGGAAGUCAUCCUACUCAGCUGCCAGAUCUCUUAGAUCAUGAAUACCACCCUGUUCGGCCUACAACGAGAGGAGAACUCACCGGUGGUGGACCACGACAGGCUAACAUGCCAUUUAAGGUGAAGAACACUUUGCAGGUUGAACCUACAUUGGUGCGGCGCAUGGAGGAGCAUCCCACUCGUUCUCAUAAUGCCACAGACUUGGAAUACGAGCCCUACCCUCAUCAUGAGGACAGGAAUUUCAUUGCCUCAAACCGCCGUCAAGAAUAUUCGCUUUCACCUCCUGUGUACCCAGAGCGAGCUGAGUCCUCUCAUGCAAGACCGCGCGAGACAACUCCUUCUGCAGAUAAUGGGGACUAUUCUCACCCUCAACAUCAUUACUCAUGCCAUCAUAAUUGGGAUGAUGACCAAAGUCAGAGGUUUCAAGUCAUACGUCUGUCUGCUCUUGUUGAACCCUCUGUAAUAUUACAAUGCUAUGUGUUCACUGGACUAAUCCUGACAAGCGGGAAUACUAAGGGUGCUACGUAUAUGGUACUUAUUUGUUGGCUGGAGCUCAGCUUGGCAGCAUAUGAUGUGCAAAAAACCAAAUAUUUCAACACAUCAAAUUACAAAUUAGGCUGGAGUGUGAUAGUAAUUUUGGUCGGCGAGAAGGCCCAGAUGACACCAGAGAGAUAUCAUCUCAAAUUGAGAUUGGCGCCUACAUGUAUCUCUUCACCUCUCAUACCUCCAUUAGAAAGGAUGAUACCAGGACCUGAAGAGUAUCUUUGA